GUUCAGGUUUCCUUUCCAGAAAUAGGGCGGGGACAUUCAAGCAGCUGCUAGGACUAGGGAGUGGCUAAUAGUUGGAAGACGCCAGACCACGAUCUAUCUGCUUUUUAAAAAAUGGUUGGAGCAAUAGGGAGGAGUACAAAGAACCUGGGAAAGAAAGAGUAGUGUCCCCGCCCCCCGCCCCGCUUUUUGCGCCCGGCACCGUCGCUUCUCUUGCGCUGACAUUUGGAUCAUCUUUCUGAGAGAGGAGGUGAACAUGGGAACAGGUGCUCCUCACCCCUACCCUACUUGUCCUAAGCACGGAUUAUCUUACUGCGUUCCUUGUGUUGGGAACCAAUUAAUCAAGGCUAGACAAAGGCUGGACAGGGAGACCUGGAGAGCGCGAGGGGACGAGGAAGGUGGGGAGGGCGGGGAGAAGAAGCCCGGAGUCAUGUACUGUGAACAUUACAGAUGACAUCAUUGCUUGAAAGAGAUUUGGCCCUCCUCUUCCCGGAGCUGAAGCACUGGAAACCACCGCUGAAAAAGAUGCCUGCCUUCAACAGAUUGCUUCCCCUGCUUUCUCUUGUGCUCAUCUACUGGGUCAGUGUCUGCUUCCCUGUAUGUGUGGAAGUGCCCUCAGAGACAGAGGCUGUCCAGGGCACCCCCAUGAAGCUGCGAUGCAUCUCCUGCAUGAAGAGGGAAGAGGUGGAGGCUACCACAGUGGUGGAAUGGUUCUACAGGCCUGAGGGCGGUAAAGAUUUCCUUAUCUUUGAGUAUCGCAAUGGCCACCAGGAGGUGGAGAGCCCCUUCCAGGGGCGUCUGCAGUGGAACGGGAGCAAGGACCUGCAGGAUGUAUCCAUCACCGUGCUCAAUGUCACUCUGAAUGACUCUGGCCUCUACACCUGCAACGUGUCUCGGGAGUUUGAAUUUGAGGCGCAUCGGCCCUUUGUGAAGACCACACGGCUCAUCCCCCUCCGAGUCACAGAGGAAGCUGGAGAAGACUUCACCUCCGUGGUCUCAGAAAUCAUGAUGUACAUCCUCCUGGUCUUCCUCACCUUGUGGCUGCUCAUUGAGAUGAUAUAUUGCUACAGAAAGGUCUCAAAGGCUGAAGAGGCAGCCCAAGAAAGCGCGUCUGACUACCUUGCCAUCCCAUCAGAGAACAAGGAGAACUCUGCAGUACCUGUGGAGGAAUAGAAGAGAAGUGGUGUGGCUUGAGGUGAUGUACAGGGACUUGGGAGGGGUGCUGGAUGUGGAUGGCAGGUUGUACAAGUAUCUUGUCACAUACAACUGAAGUGACUUUAAAUUCGGUUCCUUAGAUCAAUACCUAUUCUUCCCAGCAUCCCCACCUUAUGGAUAUUUAAGUUGAUGCUCAAGUCACAGAGCACUGUACUAUGCCAAGUCCUUCAGAAGGUGAAUUACUUUGACCUGAGUAUUGGGACAACCUAAUCUCCUUGUCCACUCCCUCUUUGGUCAGUGUAUUUGGAUUGGACUGGGCUAGAAAUUCUCAGUGAGCUCUUUUGUCAUUGGUAAGUGGACUCAACAUUGAGGGACUGGAUAUCCCAGUUCAGUGAAGUCAACAGCAUCAGAAGGUGCCCCAAGGGCCCCAUUGAUUCCUGUCCUUCAUUCAUCCUUCUAUUCAUUCAUCACACAGCCACCCACCUCCUAGCUUUCACCUCGACUUCCUAACUCCAUCAGAACUCUACACAUCAUGAUUUUGCCAGAACUGAGGAGCCAACAUUCAACGUGGACUCAAACCCUCACCCUGUCCUAGCUUUCAAGCAAGCAGCUCACUUGCCAACUGGAUUUCUCCUCUGGGCUCCAAAUGAUCUUGUAGAAGGGUUGGAAGUAGCACCUCCUUCUGCCCCUGACUGGACUCAGCUUAUUCUACCUUGCUGCAAGAGAAUGAAUGUCUUACUGGAAGGAAGCAAUGAUUAGUUCAGGUUAAAGCAAAAGCAAGUCAUGUACUUGGGACUUUUUGAAGUCAGUUCUCCAACUUCAUGGCCCACUUGGCUAGAGCACCAGAGAGAAGCAUGCCUCUCUAGGUUCUCCAGUGAGAAAGAUCCUUCUGUAAACAUGGACUAAAAUUCUCUCUGGAGCUUAGUACUCCAUGGCUAGAUCCCCAAAGGUCUUUAAGGCCUGGACUGAACCCUGUACUUCCAAGAAGACAAGGACAAGAGGUGUGGGAAGAUCAGUGGUAAUUUAAGCUCUUAUAAAUCCUACAGCAUAUUCCUGAUUUUACUGGGAUUAUGUGUAUCCUUCCUAGUGAGAACAUCACGUGGGCACUGAGACUGAAAUCCUAAGUUCUUCCUUUCAAAAUGUCUGUGGAUCAGUAUUAUUCCUUAUUUUACAGAAGGUAACUGAGGCUCAUACAGGGCUCGACUGAGUAAGAAACUUAACAGGACAAACUGGAGUGGAGACAACCUUUGGAAGCUGCCCAGUUUACAAUCCCUGGGAUGGAUAAUCUUGUUUUUGAAAAGACUGUGACAUUCAGCUUGGCUGUAGCCAUGCGUCUUGCACAAGCACAGAUUUGGGGGGGGGAUGACCCAACUGAGGUUAACUAUGAUAGAUUUUGGGAACUAAAAACUGGCCAAGAAAGCAGAGAGGACAUGAGCUAGACCUAAAGAAUUUCCUUUAAAGAGCUGUGAAUCUGGAAAGGAGAUGGCAUCAGAGAAUGAUAUUGAAACUAAGAAAAAAGAUGUUUAGUCUGAGAUGGAUGAUGAUCAACAAGACAGGGAACAGAUGGGAAGGUGGCUUCCGAAUACCUCACCUAUAAACCUGUAAUGUUCAGGUAUUUUUUCUUAGACUUUAAGAGAGUAGAGAAACAGCGGGAAAUACUUAGUUAAUAUCUCAUGUUCACUUUAAUUUAGUGACUGGCCCAGGUGCAGUGUCCUUCAGCACUGGUGGUAAGAGAGGGAAGGAGGUUUUAAGGGAUAUAAGAUGAAAGUGACUGAGAUUUAGUUAAGAGUGAUGCCCCUCAGAUCUAGGGAGAUUUACACAAAAGACAAAAAUUAACUUUGGGAGCCACCUGACAAGCUAAUUUUUUUUUCAUCUCUUCCAUCCGUGGGGACAGAAUUGAAACAAGACCCUUAACACAUAUUGAAGAGUCUGAUUUUGUUGAAGAAAAUAUUUGCAAUAAAUUCAAGACCCUUGUUGAUGAUUUUCCACACCAUUUCUGAAAUAGGGAAGAUAAUGUAGAACAUUUUUCUUACUUUAUAGUGGGAAAAUAGUACUUAGUGUGAGGUUUACACAGUCACAGGCUGGCUGAUACCAGGCCUUGCAGCAGUAGAAGACAUGUCCACUCCACUUUCUCUUGGUUCUAGUGGACCAUGCAUCUAACUUGUAACCAGGUGGUAUGCAUGAUUGACUUUUUCUCUUUUUUCUUUUUUAAAAACGAACCCAGAUAUUUAAUGAAGUUGAAUGAUACCCAUCAUUUUGUCCAAGUUAUCUUUCCUUUUUUCUAACUUCUCAUCCUUAAUAGUUUCAUUAGAGGUAUAUGGCUUGCAAAGCAUCUUCAUUUUGAUUAUUUUACUUCUUCUCCACAACUGGUCCAGUGAGUUGGAUGUUACUAACAGUGUUAAACAAUGAAGAAACUGGGGCUUUGCUAAAUCAUCAGUGGAGAUCUAGAACCCAAGUGUUCUGACCUCCAUCCCAAUUUGCUUCCCACCUAAAGCAUCGCUGCAUCCUUUCUUCUUCUUCUUUUUUUUAUAAUUUCCAUCCAGCUCUCUUACUCUCUUGUUUGUCCUGAAGUUCAUCAUCCCUUCUUAGCCCUAAUCCCACUCUCCUGCUUCCUAACACUUUGAUUCUGGGUGGAUGCUAGAAACAUGCUGUAAGAGUUCAUCCCAUUUUAGUUCUCUGUGUAGUUGGUUUAUACAACAUUAUUUCCCCAGAAUUGUAAUUGUAAUUAAACUCCUUCCUGGGAGACUUGAUAAUGUCUAUAAAUCUACAAGAUACUGUGAUCACCAGCCUACUUAAAAUCUUCACUCAUCUUCCUGUCUCUCCCCAUAUACUUGUACAAGAUCCACACUAAAUGUGUGUAGCUCUGGAAGCUUUAUUUGGCAUGCUGUUACUUAUUAAAGGGCUUAGAAGAGUUCUCAAGGGCUAUAAUCAUUUAGAAACCCCAUCUGUUGUCUUGGUGCUGGAUAUUUCCCAUGGCCGAUCCUCAAUAACACAAUUCACUAAAGGCCAGACUAAGCUGGGUCUGACUUUUCCUUUCUUACUGCUCAAAAGCCAUGAACUUACUUACUCAACUUAGUUGGUUCUGAAAGCACCUUGCACUGUUAACCCUUACUGUCAGCUCAGUCUUUUAUCAAAGCCUCAAACUUUAAGUGGAAAUACUUGGAAAGCCUGUCUCUAUCCUUCAUUUUCACAGUCAAACAGCAUUAUUCUUUGGUUUCUCCAUCCCCAAACACUGUACAUCCAGACAUUCUUCUGAGUUUCUGGUUUUGCCUUAGCUAUCAAUCUAGAAGUAGUAGAAAAAGAAAUUUUCCAAAGCAAGAAUAUGCUGGGAAAUGUAUAAAGUAAGCAGUGAGUGAUUAAGAGGACACAGUAGCUCCCUCCUCAUCUCCCCAAACUAUUACAUUAAAAAAUAAAAUAUAAGUCAGGCAAAGUGGUGUAUGCCAGUAGUCCUCGCUAACUGGGAAGCUGAGGCAGGAGGGUCACUUGAGUCCACAAGUUAAGAGAAUAGCCUGGGCAACAGAAUGAGACACUGCUUCGAAAAUAAAUACAUAAAAAGGAAGGAGAAAGAAAAGAAAAAAAUGCACCUAAGAGUCUGUAAAUCUACUUUCUUACAUAAAUCAAUAAAUCAGAGGGAAAGUGUUAUGAUUGCACCAAUGCAGGGAGGAGAAGCAAGAACCAGACACAUUUCAAAUAUACUUUUGAUCCUUCCCUAGCUUCACAUGGAUAUGGGAAAACAGGAAACAUACACACAUACACACACACACACACACACACCCCUUCCUCUCUUACAUCAUUUUGUAAAUGAGAAGGCCCUAUCACAUAGAAUUCACCUAGUCACUGCAAAUGUAUUCAAAUAGUAAUUGGUGUGCUUGCUCAUCAACCUGGUCAUCCAGUCACUCUACACUGUCUAGUGCCCACUCUAGGUUAAGCCCUAGCCUAUACCAUAAACAGAUCCUGUGCUCUUAGGUUUGAAAAAACAGCAUCAUCCAAGACUUACUUAAUCUUUAAAAGUUAACGUCGUAGAUACCUCAUGCUUAGUUCAGCCCCACUAUAAACUCUGAGUUUAUAGAAGGUCUCAGUAGAGAAGUUACUCAUCUCUCUAAUUGAGUUACAGAUCAGACUCAAUCUGUCACAGGCCAGUUGCACUGAAGAGCCAGUAUUGCUUUGUCCUUUCUCUCUGUGUCACCACUGGGCAAGAGCGGUAUCUGAUGGACAGUAUGUGUGAUUGGGAGGGAAGCCAAUGAAGGAUGAGCGCCCGUUUGUGAAACAAACCUCAAACUCAGCAAACUCGUGGUCUUGUGACAGAUGGAACUCUUUUCAACAUUGCCACCUUCAUAUUACACUUUUGAUUUUCUGAACCCUAGAAAUGUUGUUACUCACCAUCCAAGCCCUCAAUAACCUAAUGCCUGUAUGCAGUGUUUUUUCAGUAAACUCCCUGUUCCUGUCAAUAAAGUGUGUCUAAAGACUGCUGUCUCUGGUUUUGCUCUACUUACCACGUGUCUGCUCCCACCUACCACCCAAUCUGUGUCACU